ACGGGCUGCUGUGAACUCAAGAGACAGAGAGCCGUGGCACUGACAAACCCACAGACAUUCAUCCAGUCGCAAGAUGGGAUGCACCACGGGGCACUUCACUUGUCAACCGCAGACAACGGCGGCCCCAACCCUGGAAGGCCAGUCGCAAGAAGGAGCACCCAAAGUCCCAGAGGUGCUGUCAUCCCUAGAGCGGCUCUCGCAAGCCACGGGAGGGAUGGAGAAGUCUUGGUACCGCUGCAUCUUUCCAUUUGGGAUAAUCUCGCUGGUGAUCGGAGUGGCUGGAACUGGAGUGACGUACACGUACAACGAUCUCCCGCAGACCAAGGUGGUUUCUGUGAUCCUGUUGAUCGUGGGGCUGGUCCUGGUACUGAUGGCGACCACUUGCUGGACCGUCCACAAGAAGAAGCGCAGGAAAAAGAAUGAAGGAGGUUCCUUCAGCUCCGAUCAGUGUCCCUUGUGAGAGAACACCCCCCAAAAAAACCGAGAUCUCCGUCCGCUCAGGUAUCCGUGGUGGACAAGUCGUGAAGGACAGGUCCUCUCUGAGAAUCACGUGGAAAAUAUGGUGCAAGGCUGGCAUGAGGGUUCACCAGAGUCACGCAUGCAGUUUACCAUUGCUCAGCAGGUGUCUGGUAUCAAAACAAGCUUGGAGAGGGACACACACUCCUGCACACACACACACACACAAACAGGACACUUAACACUAGCUGCGAGCCUCUCGCAGAGCCUCUGCUGCCGUCAAUGCCGCUGCCAGUCUCCUGCAUUCCUGUGACGCCGAAGAAGUGGGCCAGCGGUGGCAACCGGACACCGCGGCGAAAGAGGAGUUCACGCCCGUAGCAAUGUGCGAGCUUUUUUACGGAGUGGAACUUGAUCCUGCGUCUGCUAGCUAGAACCGGCAGCUGCGAAUCGGGAUAGGAAGAAAGCACGGACAGGAGAGAUCGAGAAUGUGUCCGUCUGCAUGUGUGUGUGUGCGUAAUAUGUGUGCUGGAUGGACUAGAGAGACAAGACACCUGCUCGGCCUCUUUCGCUGUCAGCCCUCCGUCAGUUGUAGCCGCUAAUGAUUUAGAACAGGGGUGCAGCACCUGAUAUGAAGGACGCAAAGACCCGAGCUCGAUUUCUUGGGAAUUUUACACAGUGUACAGUGUGUUGAAGGAGUUUUGCAUUGGAUUGUGUGUGUGCGUGUGUGAGUGAGUGUAUGUGAUUCUAUCUGGCAAAUCCAGGACUCUUCAAGGACCUCAUAUAGUCGGUAUUUGGAAAAACAACCGCAGAGGAAUUUUAUAACGGACACGGUUCAGAGAAAGGCAAGCAAACCAAAAGGCCUUUUGCUCUGAGACAGCCAGAAAAGAAAAUUAAUUUCCUGUCUGACAGAUGAGCAGGAUUACUAGGGAGGGGAGGAGGCACAAGGGUACACUAGAAGUCAAAAGUGUCAGUAAAGUUUUGUUCUUGUUUCAGUGCCUUGAGCAAGCGAUAGGACUUAUCAUGGUACAGUAGCUAUGUUUUACCCCUCCGUUUCUCUUUUCCUCUUCCAGUGCCAGCUUUAAAACUCAAACUCAGCUAUUUUAGCACAGUCUCCUCGCCCCCAAAAACAACACACAUGAAUACGUCGUCGCUUUGACCUGGUCAGAGCCCACAAAGGCUGGAGCUUACAUCCGUUUUCACAAUGGGAAUACUGCUUAUUUACACUGCCUUGAUCUGGGAAGCAUUUGGCAUGUUUUGUUAUGGAUACAGUGGGUGGGUAACAGAUAAUGAAUUAAAGGGACAGGUCAGCUAAAAAUGAAACUUCUGUCAUCCUUGUGUCGUGCCAAGUCUGUAUGACUUACUUU